UCUCAAGAAUACGCAGUGACACCAAACUCAAACCACCAACGACAGAAAACAGAAGUAGCUUUUGACUUUCCUUCCUCAAAGCAUCGUUUACUGACAUCUUUCUUUUUUCUUUUUUGGCCAUAGCGGCUUUAUUUGACAGACAGACAGGAAGGCAGGAGGAGAGAUGGGGGAAGACACGCAGCAGAGUGACAGGUUGAGACGCGAACCUGCGCUGCCUGCUUUCUUGCCUCGCGGCAUAAAAGGCCGCCUGCUCUUCCGCUGAGCCACCCCAGCGCCCAUUACUGACAUCUUUCUGUGAAAAAGAUCUGAACCUGAACCUCAGUGACUGCAACAUCUGGUCAUGCUGGAUGAGCACGAUGAGUUUUUGGAUAAGAGGGGUAACAUUAGCAAGUUUUACAACAAUGAAUUCUACACAGCGAUCAUGGAAGAGGACUUGCAACAAAUUGAAGAACUGACUGAGAAACAUGGGAGCAACUUCCUCAUUGAGAUACGAGUAGCUAAAGAGGCCUUCUGGAAGGGCUUUGCUAUCCUUCCCCUUCACCUGGCUGCCUCUAACAGAAGAGUACACAGCAUGCAGAGCCUGCUGUCAGCAGGAGCAGACCCUGAGAUGAGAGACACACUUGGUCGAACCCCGCUGCACUUGCUGAUAACCAGUUGGCCGAGCAUCCUGAAUACUUUCCCAAAACCAGAUUCCAAGUUCCAGACUAGAGUGACCAGUGUGUCUACGCGGGCAAAGGCCUGUUUAAGGCUCCUCUGUGAACAUGGUGUAAACAUCAACGCUAAGGUGGAGGGAAAAGGUCACCAGACAGCUCUUCAUUUAUCAGUACGCUACAGAGCACUAUCUGCUGUCCAAACACUGGCCUGCUAUGGUGCUGAUGUUAAUGCUGUGGAUGGCAGUGGGAUGGCACCUCUGCAUAUGGCUGCUGGGAUACUGCAUAAAGAUAUUAUUGCCAGUCUGAUCAGGCAUGGAGCAUAUGUUAACAUGGGGGUGCAGCACACUGGGAACACCCCUCUACACCUCGCUGCUGUGGCAAUGGCUACAAAGACCACUAAAACCCUGGAAGACGGCAUUAGCAGCAUCUCUGAGCUGCUUGAGCAGGGCGCUGAUCCCAACGCAGUGAACAAGGCCGGAAUGACGCCUUUACACGAGGCAUGCAGCAUGGGAAACGAGGAGCUCACAGACCUGCUGCUGAGCUACGGCGCUGACAUCAACAAGCUGAGCGAAGCAGGGGAGAACUGUCUAUACCUUUUUCUGCACAGGCCUAAUGUGAGAAAUGUCUCUCUGCUAGUGAAGCUCCUCAACCUGACUUCCCCACUUACUGUAUACAACCCAAACGGCCACCUGCCCUUCAUCUUGACAAAACCAUGUUUCUUUAAACAGAGAGAACACCUGCUGAAGUUAACUCAACAGCCAAAGAGACUUCAGGAUAUUUGUAAGACGGACAUUUAUCUAAAACACCUCAGAGGCAAAAGGGAAGAAGUGAGGAAAUCCCUGCCUGACAGACUAUACGACUUUGUCUUCAACCACUGGGAGAAUGUACGUAACAUCUCCUUUGUGACAGACGGUGAACAGGAAUUAGUUAAAUAAUUUAUUUCCUGUUACUCCUAGCUGACACCAGCUCCACCUGACUGCAAACGUCUCCAUUAAGCUAUAGACUAACCUCAAAC